AUGGAGGUAUACACAACCAAAUCCCAUAAUCUGAAUCGGUCGAGUAGUUUCUCCAGCAGCUUCUCUUGUCGAAGCUCUAGUUUGUUGACCCGACCCGCAUCCCCAAACCGGGUCAAUCUUUGCCGACCAGUAAUUCCUUCAUCGUUUUCUUCCACGUCAACCGGCGGUUCUAUUUCCGUUCACCGCCGUGAACCACAGCAGAAUAGCGGCCAACAAAAUCAUCAUCAGAAGACGAAAGGACAUUGCAUGUGUGCGCCGACAAAUCAUCCAGGUUCAUUCCGUUGUAGCCUUCACAAGAAUUCAAAUCAGACCAAAUAUGGCCAUAUCAAUACGACGACGACGAAGACGAGGAGUCAUCAGCACUUGAAUUUGAAUAUUAUGCGGCGAUCGGCAAUGGUGAAUUCGCUGGUUCGUAUUGGAGCAGUUGAAGAUGGCGAAUUGAUAAUCUCAAGAGUACGCACGAUUUUCAGCCUAGGUCAAGCAGGCUCUCCGUUAUGUCCAAGGCAAAAGAUUUUUGACAACGACCUACAAUUAUAG